CUCCUCCCGGCUGGUGACGUCACGCAGUUUCUCCUAAUGUAAAGUGAAGCACUUGAGCGCGAGACCCGCGCAUAACGGUCCACACUCAAGAGACUGACUGCAUCUUCAAAAAAAAAUAUUAUGGAAGGCCAUUGAGCUCUCGCGCUGAAACAAACAUGGGAAGAAAAACUUGAGACAAGACGUGGAGUUCGGUAGCAAUACAUGCCAUGGCUGCCCAUCGCAUUCGAUCAGCGAACAACAACGCUGUGCUCCCUCGCUGCAGAUCUGAGGGUGCUCUCAUCGAUCUCAGUGAAGGAGUGUCAGAGGCCACCCUUACAAAUGUUAAAGUGCCUUCACCUAGUGCCUUGCGACUGGAUACUACUGCCUCAUUUGGAGCUGUCAGGGAAGUGAUUGCCAUUAAGGAUUACUGUCCGUCCAGCUUUACCACACUCAAGUUCUCAAAGGGAGACUGUCUUUAUGUUAUAGACACAUCGAGUGGAGAGUGGUGGUAUGCACACAACAGUAAAGAGAUGGGAUACAUCCCAGCUGCUUACGUCCAGCCAAUCAAUUAUCGAGAUUCCACGUUCAGUGAUAGCGGCAUGAUUGACAGCCUAAGUGACAUUUCUGAGGGAGUGAAAGAAAUGGAUAUGUCUGGGGAGUGGACGGGGUCCGCCAAAACCACAGAAUCUAGAAAUGACGAUCCUUUUGUUAAUAAACGGAUGUCAACUAACCCUUUCCUAACUGGCACACUGCAAGGCACCCCUGACCAAAACAGCAACCAGAAUUCAGCAAAGGCUUUGUGUUUUGGUAAUCUCUCACCUCCCAUCUCAAACACCAGCAGCACUAUUAAUAUUAAUGGUUUUGAAAGUGGGCUGUGUGACACAAAAAGUAUUAGCCAUGGCUCAGGAAUUAGCCCAAAUUUUCGCAGAGACAAUCCAUUUUUUAGGAGCAAGCGCUGCUACAGCAUGUCAGAACUGUCUGUCCUACAGUCCCUGUCUGAUGGGAAUCAAGGUUCUUUGAGUUUUUUUGGUGGCAUGAAGUCACCUAAACCUGAGCAUUAUCAAAGUAGAGAGGAUUUCAAAACAGCAUGGCUAAAUCACCGUAAACUUACACGAUCCUGCCAUGACCUGGACUCUAUUGGACAAAACCCAGGUUGGGGCCAAACCCAGCCAAUAGAGACCAACAUUGUGUGCAACCUGGACAGUUCUGGUGGUGCCGUGGAGCUGCCAAAUACCAGUAUCAGUAUACAUAUUCCUGAGGGUCAUGUUGCACCGGGUGAGACUCAACAGAUAUCAUUGAAGGCCCUUCUGGACCCACCGUUGGAGCUUAACAACGAUAGAUGUUCAACCGUAAGUCCAGUGGUAGAAGUAAAACUCAGUAACAUGGAAACCAAGACCCCAGUUACUUUAGAGAUGAAGGUGUCUGUUGUAGUGAAGAUAGAGAGCCGCAAAACCACAGAGGUGGUGUGUGUGAGAAGCGACUUCAAGGAAGGUCCGUAUGUCCCGAUUCCACAUGUAUACAUGUAUGGAGACACAGUUCAAGUGACUCUAGUCAAUUUAGAGCCUUGCAUGUAUGUCUCUGUAGUUGCCCAAGCACAAACAGUGGCCCCAUACAACACAGUCUGGGAACAUGUCGUAAAAAAGGUCACUCUUGGGGUAUACGGGCCAAAGCACAUCCACCCAUCCUUCAAGACAGUGGUGGCCAUUUUUGGCCAUGACUGUGCCCCAAAGACAUUGCUAGUGAGUGACGCAAAAAAGCACCCACAGUCAACUCCACCUGUUGUCCUCCAACUCUGGGGAAAGCACCAGUUUGUACUAACAAAACCUCAAGACCUUCAGGUUGGCGUGUAUUCGAACAUGUCCAAUUUUGAAGUGAGAACCAAUGAACAGGCAAAGACCGUGAGGGGAUUUCAGAUCAAACUUGGCAAAGUGGCCCGCCUCAUCUACAUGAUCACAGCACGCGAUUCAACUGACAUUUCAGACUUUACUUUGCGUAUUCAGGUCAAGGAUGAUAAGGACUGUAUCUUGGCUCAGUUUUGCGUUCAGACCCCAACCCCACCACCAAAAACAAGCACAAGAAGCUCCGUUCAAAGGCGCUUCCUCAAGAAAAAGGAAGUGAACAAAAUCAUAUUGUCUCCUCUUGCAGCAACCGCAAAGUACCCUGUGUUUCAGGACAGACUAGUCAAAAACCUUAAAUUUGCUAAGCUUCUGAAAACUGUUGUAAGACAGUCCAAAAGCCUGUAUUUGCUAGAGUAUCUUAAAGGUGACUUGGUGGCCCUUUUGAGUGAAGAAAAAAUAAAACUUAAAGGACAUCUAUGGACCAAAGAAUGGUACAUUGGAUGUUACCAUGGAAGAAUUGGGUUGGUGCAUGCAAAAAACAUUCUAAUCAUGGGAAAAGUGAAACCUGUUAAUUUCAAAGGGCCUGAUCUUACAACUACAAUCCUUUUAGAACAGCUCCUAAAGCCCUGCAUGUGCCUGACGUACAUCUAUGCAUCUGUGCGGACAAUACUGAUGGAAAACGUGGCGAGUUGGAGAGUGUUUGCUGACGCUUUGGGCUACGUCAAUUUGCCUCUGACACAUUUCUGUCGGACAGAGGCAGAAAGUGAGCCUGAAAAAGUGGCUUCUGUUCUUGAGAAGCUCAAGGAAGACUGCAACGCAGCUGAGGGUAAGGAGAGGAAAUCUUUUCAGAAGGAACUCAUGAAGGCUCUUCUGAAGAUGGACUGUCAGGGCCUGGUGGCACGGCUGGUCAUGGACUUUGUGCUGUUGACUACAGCGGUGGAGGUGGCGGGUCGCUGGAGGGAGCUCGCUGAGAGACUGGCUAAAGUGUCCCGGCAGCAGAUGGAAGCGUAUGAAGCUCCACACAGAGACAGCAGGGGACAACUGGACAGUGAGGCCAUGUGGAAACCUGCCUAUGACUUCCUGGUCACUUGGGCAGCCCAGAUUGGGGACAGUUACAGGGAUGUGAUUCAGGAACUUCACACUGGAUUGGACAAAAUGAAGAACCCUAUUACCAAGCGCUGGAGGCACAUCACAGGCUCCCUCAUCCUUGUCAACUGUCUGGAUCUCCUACGGAGCUCCGCUUUCAGCCCCUGCUCUCAAGAUGACUGCGCCAUAUAAAGACUGCCUAUCGCCUGACUUUUACAAGACCCAGAUACACCUGAUUUCAAUUUUAUUCAUUGUGUUGUUUUUAAUAUUUUUAAAAGCACUUAUACUGUAUGUUUGCACAAUAGAUUUGUUGCACAGUAAAUUGUACAUUCAACCAAAUUAGAGACCUUUGCUUGCAUUAAAACAUCAGAAAUAGGCCUACACUUUUCAGUAUCUCAUGUAAAACUUUAAUGUAAAACAAGAUGUGAUUGUUCAGAUUUUUUUAUUCAUUGCAUAUCAUCAUGAUUUUAUACUUGUAAAGUUUGCACAAAAGAUACACUUUUACAUACUUCUACAUUUUUCACUAAUACUGUAACAAUCUUACUCUUAUGUUUUGUGAUGCCAACUACUGUAUACUAAACUGCCUGUUUUACUUUGCUCCAAGUGUCUAUUUUUUAUGUUUAGUUUUAAGUAGCCUAAUGUUUUUAUAAGUGAAUGUUAGAAUAAAAAGUCAAAUGGAAAAAUAAAACAUUAUCAGCUUAAUAAAGAGAUACACCACA